CCUCCAAGAGAAACUAGUGAUGGUGGGCUAAGUACGACUAUCAUUCUUGGUAGAGAUCUUCCACACUGCGGUAACGGUGCUGUCUCCUCCACAUACGUACAACAGCAAGAUGAGUCGAGGUGUGAUGAUGUUGGUGAUGAUGUGUGUCAUGGCGGUAGCCUUUACUCUAGUCUCAGCCAACGAGUACCGUCAACACUCCAGCGAGUACCACCAACCCUCCAACGAGUACUAUCAACCCUCCAAAGAGUACCGCCAACCCACCACAACCGUCCAGCAGACUCCUGGUAUCCUGGAGAGGCUGAUGACGGAUUACGUGUACCCUCUGCGAGACUACGACUGGAGGGGCAUGCUGAGGAGCUUCGUAGAUAGAGUGAUGCAUUACAUCGCUCCAGCCACCAAGGAACCCAAGCAUGGACUUGGGCUUUGGGAUAUACAGCAUUACAUUAUAAAUGGUGGAGAAUCCGAGGUGGGACCUGAAGAACUUGUACAUCUCUGGCUCAUCAGAGAAAACGAACAAGGGAAUAAGAAGGACCCAAGAAGUGCCUUCAAGAGCAACAUCUUUUGGAUGGACUCUUCAUCUUCUUCUCCAUCAUUUCCACAGGCUAACCAGCACAUCCAGCCCCAAGAUGACCACGCUUCCAGCGUCGUAGACACUAAACUGCCAGCUAACCUUGAAGGCGAUACACAAGAUAGGAUGUCGACGUUGCCAUGGUCUCAAGAGGAGAGCUUUCGAUUCUUUGGAUCAUCAUUCACCCUAAAUAGCAAUGUCAACGCCUCCUUAGCCUGCUACACCUGGGUAUAUUCGGGCAUCUUGGUGUUGUUCGGUCUCAUUAGUUUCCUGUCGGUGAUCAUCCCGCUCAUCAAAUAUCAGACCUACGAACAAAUGAAGACACCGCAAUCGGCUGGCAUCAAGUACGAAUCAAAUAUGAGUGAGGAGACAAGUUCGGAUGAUAUGGCAUACACGAUGGCACACAUCAUGGAGCUUACCACGGGAGAGAGAAAACCAGGAUACUACAGUAUGUACAGCAGUGAUAAGGAUGAUAACGUUUUUCAUGAUCAAUGAGACUCACGGUGAAUGAUGCAGUGUCUUCUGAUUACCGUGUGAGAUCAUGAACAUCAGGGAAAUGUUCUUACUGUUAUAAUCACUAAUUAGUUACAUUUAGUACACACUAGCGAUGUUAUAGCCAUGUGGGUAUAGUAUCUUUUUGUGAAAAUAAAAAUAGUAAUAAUAAUAAUAAUUAGAAAGAGAAAUACUUAAUAGCUCUAGCAGUUUGUAUCUAAGCUGAAAGCGUAUUAGACACAAUUUAGCAUUACUAUGUUAGUGAGAUUCUGUAAGUCCUCUUGAACUACAGAUAAUUUCAUAUCGAUUAUUUGACUGUUUGAUGCAUGAUGUAAACUUAUUGUUUAUAUAUACUGAGAAAAAUAAAGUACUGUGUUGUGAAUCGUAACGAUAUCUAAGAUGACAACAGUUUUAAUAAGCUCUGUAGAAUGAUUAUUUUGUCUAACUCAACAUUCAUCAUACAGCAGAGUUCUUAACUCACAUAAAAAACCACGGAGGUGACCAAAUUUACAUAUGUAUUGCUGUUAACUGUUUACUACCCAGGACUGCCUCCAACACACCCAUUAAGGGGCUGUUCCUCUGAGCAUCAGUUAGUGAUUGUGAUCAUUGUUUUCCCUUCACUCGAUAUCACAGUAUAAUAAUGUGAUCUUGUCAGGUUUAGAACGUGGUGCUGCUGAGAACUGAAGAUAAACAGAUUUGAUCUAAGAUCCUUGAUGUAUCUGGCCCAGGCAGUAUGGUGUAUCUAACCCAGGCAGUGUGGUGUAUCUGGCCUAGGCAGUAUGGUGUAUCUGGCCCAAGCUGUGGUACAUCUGGCCCAGGCAGUGUGGUGUAUCUGGCCCAAGAAGUAUGGUGUAUCUGGCCCAGCCAGUAUGGUGUAUCUGGUCCAAGCUGUGGUAUAUCUGCCCAAGGCAGUGUGACGUACCUGGCUCAGGCAGUGUGGUGUACCUGGCUCAGGCAGUGUGAUGUAUCUGACCCAGGAAGUGUGGUGUACCUGGCUCGGGCAGUGUGAUGUACCUGGCUCAGGGUGUGGUGUACCUGGCUCAGGCAGUGUGACGUAUCUGACCCAGGAAGUGUGGUGUACCUGGCUCGGGCAGUGUGAUGUAUCUGACCCAGGAAGUGUGGUGUAUCUGGCCUAGGCAGUGUGGUGUAUCUGGCCCAAGCUGUGGUGUACCUGGCCCAAGUUGUGGUAUAUCUGGCCUAGGCUGUGGUACACCUGGCACAUGCAAUGUAGUGUACCUGGCUUAGGUUGUGGUGUGCCUGGCCCAGGCAAUGUGGUGUACCUGGCUCAGGGUGUGGUGUACCUCGCCCAGGGUGUGGUGUACAUGGCCCAGGCAAUGUGGUGUACCUAGCCCAGGGUGUGGAGUACCUGGCCCAGGGUGUGAUGUACCUGGCCCAAGGUGUGGUGUAUCUGGCCCAGGGUGUGAUGUACCUCGCCCAGGGUGUGG